GAAAAAACAACAACAACAACAGAGGAAUUAGAGAGCGUGGACAGCGAAUCACUGACUAAUCAACGCUUGGACAUUUCUGUGACAUCUCAUUGUGUUUGCAGUUUGAGAAUCAGCCUAACACUACUCAUGCAACCUGGUUAAGAUGUCAUUAUGGGUGGCACUGCUGUCGGUGGCGUCAUUGGGGUGAGGUGUGGAGUUCCUGCUGUUUUGCUGUGUCUAGGAGCUCUGCUGUGCGCCAAUGUGCUGCUCUAUUUCUACCUGGAUGCCCUGUAUCAGAACACAAACCCUCCGUCAGCACACACACAAUGUCCUCCUCGCCACUUUAAAGUGGGCACUAUGAGCUCCUGCAGCCCUUGGUUAAAGUGUCCAGAAAUCCGCUCUGGGGUUCGCCGUGUGAAGCUCAUUGGACAAGGAGCUGUGAAGAAGGUUUAUCUGUCAGAGUGGCAAGGACAGAAGGUGGCGCUGUCUGUCCUGUCUUCAGAUCAGUAUGCAGAUGACUUCCUCCAUGGACUGUCAAUGCUUCGUGCCUUGCAGAGCUCUCACGUGGUGACGCUGGUAGGUGUGUGUGAAGAGGACGCUGUGUUUGUUACUGAAUACCACCCUCUUGGUUCAGUGCUGACGCUCGACACCACACUCGCGCAAGAACGCUAUCGCUGGCGAAACUCCUGGCACACUCGCCUACAGCUGGCAAUAGACUACGUGGCCUUCCUGGCAUACUUGCACAGCAGUCCGGCGGGGAUCAGAGUAAUGUGUGACUCUAACGACCUGCACAAAACCCUCAGCCAGUUUCUUCUCGCUUCUGACAUGCGUCUGUUGGCCAAUGACCUGGACGCCCUGCCUGAGGUGGAGAAGGGGGGGUUAGGAGUGAAAUGUGGGCAUCAUGAGCUCACUGGGGACUUCGUUGCUCCUGAGCAGUUGUGGCCUUAUGGUGAGGAUUUUUCCUUCUCAGAUGAAGCCAUGCCCGGGUACGACGAAAAGACGGACAUCUGGAAGAUUCCUGACGUGACACGCUUCCUGUUAGGGGACGUCUUGGGAGGUGAUGUCAUCCACUUCCACUUGUUUCAGAUUUACAGCGAGUGCAAGAGGAAGGAGGCUCACAUGAGGCCCACGGCCCGCGAGGUCCUGAGUGUGUAUCGCUCUGUGUAUGACAGUAUGAUGGAGAGCCAGUCGCAGAGAGUUCGAGAUAUGCUGUAGUGAGAGGAAUCAUUAAAAGGCCAGAAGUGAAAAUUCUGUAGUCAUUUACUUCACACAUGCUUGCGUUCUUGUGAAAUUUUGAGAAGUCAAUGGUCACUCACUGAUUAUAAAAAAAACACACACACACACACAUUUUGAGUCUCUAUGCAGUUACAUUGACCAUAAUUUAAGUUAUGAAAGCAAACAAUAUACUUUUUUUUGUUUUAUAUUAAUUAUGACGUAUUUAAAGGAAGACUCUUUGGCAAAUAGGCUCAUUUUUCAAGUCACUCAGAGUUAAACUGUUGAGUUUGAUCAUUUUAAUCCGUUCAGCUGAUCUCUGGGUCUAACAAAUAGUCCAAAAUCCUUGAUUAUUACUCCAGAAUGAGAGUAUAGUAAAGAUUAUAGAA